AGGAGCAACUGGAUAAAGAUUUUUUGGAACUUAAGCAAAAUCAUGAUGACCGGAUUUCGGCUGAACUUGUCGCCGUUGAAGGAGCCGCUGGGCUUCGUCAAGCUGGUGGAGUGGCUCACGGCCAUAUUUGCUUUUGGAAGCUGUGGUGGAUUCUCAGGGAGGAACAUCAUAUCCCUCUUCUGUGGUGAUGGCAGAAAUGAAACUCUCAACGCCAACUUUCACUACCCAUUUAGGUUAAGCCAGGUUCCACUCAUUGAGGGAAACGCCACUAUUUGUAAUAACUCCGUCACAGCAACAUACAUGGUGGGAGACUCCGCCUCUUCAUCUGAGUUCUUCGUGGGCAUCGCCAUCAUCUGCUUCCUGUAUAGCAUGAUAGCUCUGUUGGUUUACUUGGGCUACAUGCACGUCUACAAGGACUCUGACUUUGGACCCAUUUUUGACUUUCUGAUCACAGCGGCCCUGGUGUUCCUGUGGCUGGUGUGUUCAUCUGCCUGGGCAAAGGGCCUGCAGAAUGUGAAGGACGCCACAGACACUGACGGCCUCAGUGCCACGCUGGGAUUUUGCAAGGGGAGCAACAUCACUUGUGAGGUCACAGAGUUUGCCAACCUGCGGACACUCAACAUCUCAGUGGUGUUUGGCUACCUCAACAUGUUUGUGUGGGCAGGUAAUGCCUGGUUUGUGUACAAGGAGACCCGUUGGCACUCUCAGAAAUUCUCUACCCAGUCUGGACCUGCAAGGCAACAGGUCCCUGCGCCCAUCUAAUACACACUGCAACACGCAACACACACAG